AUGUCCCUUCAUGUUUCUUCCCAUCUCAACAUUGUGCAGCUUCCUCAUAAUUAUAACUAUGCCAAGCCUGCGUUGAAGCUUACUGUCCCUGCCGCUCGUCCUCCUCCUCCGAGCCUGGCAGUUAAAAAUGUGCAGCAAAAUCCUGAACAUGCAGCUGCCCUCAUUUGUAAUGUCCAGCAGAGUGUUGCAGCCAUUGUUUUUGGAGAUGGAUCGCCCUCCAGGCUGUAUCCUCUGACAAAACGAAGAUCAGAAGGCGCCAUUCCUAUAGCAGGGAAUUACAGACUGAUUGAUGCAGUUGUCAGCAACUGCAUCAACAGUAACAUUUCCAAGAUAUACGCUCUUACCCAAUUUAACUCUACUUCUCUGAAUUCCCACCUUUCCAGAGCUUACUCUGGAGCAUCUCUGGGGAAGGAGGGCUUUGUGGAAGUAAUUGCAGCAUGUCAGACUCCUGAAGCAAUGGGCUGGUUCAAGGGACCUGCUGAUGCUAUAAGGAGGAGCUUAUCAGUGCUUGAAGAGUAUCCAGUUCUGGAGUUUCUGAUCCUUCCAGGACACCAUCUCUAUAAGAUGAAUUACCAGAAACUUGUAGAGGCUCAUCGGAACAACUCAGCUGACAUAACUAUAGCAGUUCAUGGUAGCAGGAGAUAUGAUAAUCCAGGAUUUGGCAUUUUCACAGUGAACUCCAAAAACCAAGUUACUGGAUUUCUCCGGGAGCCGGGGAUGAAUCCUGAAUCGGCACAGCAUUCAGCGACAUUCACUGAUAUCCCCACCCCGUACAAUAUUUAUCCUGGCAUGGGGAUUUAUGUGAUUAACAGAGAUGUGAUGAUAAACCUUGUCACAGAACAUUUUCCAACCGCGAAUGAUUUAACGGGCGAAAUAAUGCCUGGGGCAAUAUCCUUGGGGAUGAAGAUUCACGCAUACAAGUUUGAAGGGUAUUGGGAGGAUAUGACAAGCAUUGAAGCAUUCUAUCAUGCAAAUAUGGAAAGCACAAAGAAUGCAAGCACUGCUGCACAUAACAGCUUUUACGACAGAGACAAUCCACUUUAUACUCUACCUCGACAUUUGCCUCCAACUCUGAUAACUGAUGCUGUCAUUGUCGACUCUGUGGUCGGAGAUGGCUGCGUGCUAAGCAGGUGCAAGAUCAAAGGCACGGUGGUUGGCAUGAGAACAAGGGUCGGAGAGGGGGCAACCAUUGAGGAUUCAAUAAUAAUGGGUUCUGAUACAUAUCCAGGAAGUAUUGUUCAAGGGGUUAACGCAAAUCAUGGUGUCAGCAACAUUCCUAUUGGGAUUGGGGAAGGUGCAGUCAUUAAAAAAGCUAUUGUCGACAAGAAUGCAAGGAUUGGCAAAAAUGUUUUGAUCAUAAAUAAGGACAAUGUGCAGGAGGGAGACAAGGAAGCAAAUGGCUACGUGAUCAGAAAAGGCAUAAUCAUCAUCAUAGAGAGGGCAAUUAUCUCAGAUGGAACCAUUCUGUGAAAAAUUUCAACAUCUUGUCCUCUCCACUUCCUCCCAAGGAAAAAAAGACCUCACA